AUGAGUCUCUUCAAUUGGGUUUUCGGUAAGUCUUUGACUCCCCAAGAAAGAUUGAAAAAAAAUCAAAGAGCCCUCGAGAGAACUCAGAGGGAACUAGAAAGGGAGAAAAGGAAAUUAGAAAUUCAAGAGAAGAAACUAGUGACGGAAAUAAAAAAAUCAGCCAAAAAUGGUCAAGUUAGUGCUGCUAGAGUACAGGCAAAGGAUUUGGUUAGAACGAAGAGUUAUGUCACGAAAUUUGAUAAUAUGAAAGCUCAACUGCAGGCAAUUUCAUUGAGGAUACAGGCUGUGAGGAGCAGCGAUCAAAUGACUAGAUCGAUGAGAGACGCAACAGUUUUACUAGCAGGAAUGAAUAGAUCGAUGAAUUUACCACAACUACAGCAUAUUUCAAUGGAAUUUGAAAGACAGAGUGAUUUAAUGGAUCAGAGACAAGAGUUUAUGGAUGAAGCCGUUGAUAACGUUAUGGGUGACGAAGUCGAUGAAGAUGAAGAGGCUGACGAAAUUGUAAACAAAGUUUUAGACGAAAUUGGAGUUGAUUUAAAUUCUCAAAUGCAACAGGCUCCUCAAAAUACAAUUUCUAACGAUGCCCAAACUGAAUCUAAACAACCUGUAGCGGAGGCUGUGGGUGGAGCACCAGAUAACCAUGCAAACCCGGAUGACGAAUUACAGGCUCGUCUAGACAGUCUGAAAAGACAAAGCUAG